UGCCUGCCCAGCGUCCAUCCAUGGAGGAGCCGCUUUAGGACAUGGAUCCCAAAGGAGCAAGAGGUACCAGGAAGCGCCGCUGAUCUGCACAGACCCCUUUGCCUGCUGCUGCCCCAUAGGAAACAGGGAGCUGCUGAGGAGCCGCGUUGUCCAUCCCUGGAUUCUCCAAGCACUGACUGCCCAUCCACUCUGACCACAGACAGGGGCCACAUCCCACUGCCAGCCCAGCGUCCAUCCAUGGAAGUGGGCACCGUAUCCCCACCUCCCACCUCACCCACUGAAGGAGACGAUCUGUGUGACACAGAUGUCACCAGGGUGGCCAUACACAGUGUGACCCUGCUCAUCGGCCUCUGUGGCCUGGCUGGGAACAGGGCUGUCAUUGGCCUCCUCAGCCGGGAAAAUUAUAACUCUGGCAUCUUCAAGCUGGCUGUGAUUGACUUCCUCUUCCUUCUCCUCACAGUCCCCACUGCCUUCCUCUUCCUGGUGGAGGAUGUGUCCUGCUCUCCUAUCUUGCCCCUGCUGUACCUGAGUUUCCUUUUCCAUCUGUCAGUGGUCUCCUACUCCUGGCUGCUGUUCCGGCUGAUGCCCGGCAGCCCUCUGCUGUAUAUGUACAAGAUCUGCUUCCACAGGGACCUAAGUCUGCGCCUGAGGAGGGUGGUGGACAGUGUCCAGUACUGGGCCUUCUUUGCUCUCUUCGCUGUCAUUCCUGCUGUGACAUUGCUGUGCCCGUCAAAUGAGCAGAAGCAGUGCCAGGCAGCUCUCAUCUCCAUGUACACCAUCAUCCUGCUCCUCUUUGCUGCACCCCUGCUCAUUUCCAGCACAAUCAAUUUCAUUAAGGCCAAGCGGGGCUCCCAGCAGCAGCAACCCAAGAGGCGUGACGUUGUUAUUGUCCUCAUUGUGCUCUUUGCUCUUCUCCUCACCAUCUGCCAUUUCCUGCAGCAGCUCGGUUACAUCACUGUGUCCUUACAGGUUUUUUUCCUGCUCACUUGCAUCCACAGCACCAUCAAACCCUUAAUGUACAUCUUGGUGGGGAGCUGGAGGACAGACUGCUCCAUGGUGAUCUCCUGGGAGCACUGUACAGGGUGUCUAAGGGAAUCUCUCAAGAGGGUCUUUGAUGAGGAGAAAGAACAAACUGACUGCAGAAAUUAUGCCCAUACCGACACAGGAGCUCUGAGCCGCUCGGUCCCUUCCACUGCUCUGCUGAAGGACCUUGGCACAAAGCCUGAGGGUUUCCUUGAGUAAACUGAUAAAUCAAUAUCCACAGGAUCACCCUCCCUGGCGUGCUGCAUUCAGGCAGGACAAGGGAGCAGGAGCUUUGGCUUGGGUGAUUUUUCUGAGAUGCUCUGCAGGGAGCAAAUUAGGGCAUGGCUUUCCUCCCCUCUCCUGGACCCACAUGGCUCCAAGCAGUGCAGCUGGGCUCAGUGCUGUUCCCCAGCUCUAUUCUCCAUGGAAUGACCCUCAUGGCCUCGACCCUAGGGAAUGAACUCCAUCUCCUUUGGCUCAGCAUAUGAGUUUCAUGGCAUUUUCAGGGAGCUCUUCCCUGCACUGUAACACAUUUAAUCCUGGUGGACACACCCAGCAUGGGGUGGCACUGAUUCCCAAAUCCCUGUGGAGCUGGUGCCUGCCGAUGGCAGGAGAGGGGUUGGGAUCACAUGGAGCAUCCUUCCCCUUUUGUCUUUUGGGUUUUUUUAAAUUUUUUUUAAGCUACGGAGUUUUUCUAAUAUGAGUAGUGUGUUCACCUUGAGAGUUAUAACACUGAUCUCUGACCAUUGUGGGCAGUCGAAGCCCGAAGUGCUGCACAAGGUCCGGGAAGGCGGGAUGAAGGCGGAGCUGUGUUGGAAAAGCGGAAAGUGUGUGAAAGCGGGGGAUGGAUUACAAAGAGGGUACAAAGCCGGUUUCUGUUUUGGGCGGUGUGCCUCUGGCCGUGCCUCUGGCUGUGAGUUAGCACCGAGCACUGUUCCUUUUACCUUUUUUUGUCCUUUGCUGUAGUUCAAUAAACUUCUAGAAAUUUUAA